UCAGAAGGACCUGGUGCCCCAUUCUGUUCCUGCACUCCUACUGUGGACUGUAGAGCCCCUGUGGUCUGCUCCCGCAAGUCCCUCCGCUGUUCACCUGCACUCCGCUCCACAUACAGACCGGACACGGACAGGGAUACAGAGACACGGACAGGGAUACAGGGACACAGACAGGGAUACAGGGACAUGGAGGCUCCAAAAACACGAACACUAACAAUCUUGGGAUUGCACCGAUGAGGGGAAGCUAUGAUGAAGCUGAGGCUUUAAGACUACGUCCUCACCUUGGAAGUUUGGCUCAGAGGCGGCGUUCUGCCCCGUGCCUGGCUUUUGAGAAGGCUCUGGGCAGCAUGCCAUGGUCUUCCAUCAGGGAGGAGACUCAGUGCUUUGUGUCGGUGGAGCAGUGCCCCUUCGUUCUUGGUCUCAGCAGUGAGAAUGCAGAGCUGGUCUUGGAUGCCUGUGUUCAGAUCACAGAGGGAAUGAAGACCAGAGAGAGACAACUCUUCCUCUUCAGCGACGUGAUCGUCAUCUCUAAGCUGAAGUAAGAUAUAGAAUAUAAUAAGCACACACACACCAACACAGAUACACACACACUCACACACACCGGCACUGAUGGACCCAGACACACACUAA